AUGUCAGUGGAAGGACAAUUUUUUCUCUCUGUUACCGGCUCUAUCGAGCAUGCAGAGUUUUAUGAGGUCAAUAACGUUUAUUGCAAGUACAGCUUUCAUUUCGGAUCUGACUGGAGCGUCGUUGCGGGAAUCGAAGAAGGGUUGACACAAAUGUGCAAAUGCAGCAACGAUUCUAGAAAUCUCGCCGUAUGGAACUUUCCAUUGGAGAUUACGUUCAAAAGUACAAAUCCACAUGGAUGGCCACAACUUAUCAUGUCGAUUUACGGCUUGGAUUUUUUCGGUCGCGACGUCAUCAAGGGAUACGGAGUGUGUCAUUUACCUCUGAAAACUGGAUAUCAUGAAAAAAGGGUGUCGAUAUACGUGCCGGAAUCAUCAUCCAUGUUGCAGCAUUUCAUGGAGUGGUUAACCGGCAGAAGACCGGAAUUAAUUGAUCCCACUAUACUUGCGUCCGGCGGCGGCAGAGAACUUACACGCAUGAGGGUCGAGGGAGUUGUUACCGUAAUGCUCAACGUCGUUUUGAAGGAUUUGUUCAAACUAGGUUACGACAACGGUGAAAAAUGGAAGAAAUGA